UUUAUACAAAAGCAUCGUCAUUUACACAAAUUAGAUAUAAUUUUAAGCCUUGUGAAAGUACGUAGAAAUGUGUAGAACUUGAUGGUGAUGACAAUUUUCAUACUUUAGGAAGAAUAACAUUUUAACUGACUAAUAGAAUAUACUACUUUUAGUAGAAGAUAGUGUUGUUGGCCAUCCUGUAGAUUUACAUGUGUAACAUUUGGUUAGAAAAUGUUACUAACGUAUAAGUUUUAAAUCAAGUUUGAACUUUGAGUAUAUAUUUGUUUUUAUUUUAUUUGUGUACUGUAUAUUCGUUCAGUAAACGGUAAGAAUAAUUAACAUAAGGUUAUAAAUUUGUUAAAAUUUUGGUGGAAAUUUCUUGUGGUGAAGCGUGACUAUUAGAAUUUUUACGGUAUUAACAGCAGUUUUUAAGUCAUGUCCCUCAUCGCCACUUCAUCAACGGAUAUUAAAUUUCAUUUAUGGCUCGAAGGCAAUCUAAAGUAUAGCUAUUUGCCGGUUAGCCACUCUAGUGGGUUCAUAAAAACCUUAUCUUGGGCAAAAGAUGGAACAUGGCUUGUUCUUAUUCCCACUUCAGGAUAUGCAGAAAUUGUUAGUGUAAAAGAUAGUGUAAAGUUGUUGCUAAAGAUUAAAGAUAUUCAUCAGCCUACCUGUGCAAUUUUUCCAAAGACAACAAAGAAGUAUAUUGCACUGGGCACUUACUCUGGACAAGUAUUGAUUUAUGAUAUUAAAAACAAAAGUAUUCGGAAAAGAUUCCCAAGAGCAUCUUCGUGGAUUCAAAAUGUUGAUUGCAAUGCUAACGAUACUCAUUUAGCUGCUGCCACAAGUGCAGGAGAUAUUCUAAUUUAUAAUAUGACUGCCUCAAAUUUAAUUGCAACAUAUAAAAUACCAAAUUGCAGUAGUGCAAGUACAAUAUGUUUUCAUCGUACUAAAAGAAAUUUGCUAGCUGCAGGAAGCGAAGAGGGCAUUGUAGCUGUUUGGGAUAUUAAUACUAAUGAAAGGAAAGCCUCAUUUCAGGCUCAUUAUGCACCUGUAACAGAUGUAGCUUUGUCUCCUAUAAGAUCUGAUCUGGUAGCUACUGUUGGAAAAGAUAGGCAGUUUAUGUUUUAUGAUGUCCACAAUAAAAAAAAUGUUCUUCAAAUGGAAGUUCCCAGUUCAAUGUUGGCUUUGGAUUUUAGUCACUGUGGAUUAUAUUUAGGAAUGGGAUCUCAAAAUGGUCAUGUUGUUAUUUAUGACAUGAGAAAUUUGGCAAAGCCUGUUAGUGCCUUUCCUACUCACGAAGGUAAAAAAAUCACAAGAGUUUCUUUCCAACGUGCUCUCAAUGUAACAGAAGAAGAAAGCUCAACAACCAUAAUCGACGAUAAUUUUGUAACAAACGAAUCAAUUAACGAUAAGCAGAAUUCCUAUACAACUUCGCCUUAUCACUUCAAUGAUCAGAGCAAUACCAAUGAUCAAGAACAUGCAAAAGAUAUCGGGGACUCGUUUUUGGUCUCAUUAGAAAAUUCAAAUAGUUACAGUAUUGUUACAACUCCACAGCACGAAAUUAAUUUUUCUUUUCCGAAAGGUACUAGCGCCGUUACGUUGGAAUCGUCAGAGAAAAAGAAUCAACAAUUUCUUGGAGAUGUCAAUAAAAAAACGCCAGCCUCUUGUAAUAAGAAGGCGGCAUCAACGCCGAAAUAUUUGCAAGCUGAAGUGCCUAUCGGAGUUAAUUCUCCCAUUAUCUCUCCCGUUUGUCCGCCAGUGAAUUUAACAGAUAUAAAAAAAGUUUUUACAGAAAUUGUUCAUGAGGAACUGAAUACGCUUAAGGCAGAUCUUAGACACGAAUUUAUGGAAUCAAUGGCACAAACCCGACGCCAGUUUCUUGAUUUGCAAAUGUUCCUCGUUAAGGAGUUCAUAAACGUCGAAAAUACUGUUUAUAAAGUAAGCGGGGUAACUGUUGAAGAAUAUGCAGGUGAUUCUCAAGUUCUAAGAGAAAAUAUUAGACUGAAACAAGAAAUUGAAUUAUUAAAAGAGAAAGUAGUGGAGAAAGAUAAUCCACCAGAUUUUUCGUAGCACUAAUUUAUUAAUUUUUUUCAUCAAUAAAUCGUCCUGGUGUAGGAUUAAUUGUAAAUUUUGAAUAUUUGAAAAAAAAAUGUUAUAUUAAUUAAGGAAGUUAAACUAA